AUGGCCGGCGAUGAGAUUGCACUCCUCAUCAACAACUAUGGCGGCCUCUCGGUUUUGGAAUUGGGAGCGCUCACGGAUGAGGUGCAGACGCAGUUGGCGUCAACUUGGCACAUCAUUCCCUGUCGUACGCUGGCUGGCACUUUCGAAACUUCUUUGAACGCUCCCGGGUUUUCUAUUUCCCUGUGUAACAUAUCGGCCGCCGCAAGACAAUCGAACACUACCGGUGCCAAGUUGCUGCAGCUCCUCGAUCGUCCGACAACAGCAGUAUCCUGGCCGACCACCGUUCGCCCAGCAACCGACGAGAAGGCCAACGGCUUCAUCAAAAAUGGCCAUGCGGAUGUAAAUGGCAAUGGAAUCAAGUCUGACCUCAUCAAAGUCGAUCCAGCGAUUCUAGAAAAGACUGUAAGAUCAGGGUGCGAGAGCGCAAUUGCGGCCGAGCCGCGAUUGACGAAAUGGGACAUGGUAAUGGGCGACGGCGACUGCGGUGAAGCCGUCAAAGAUCUUUGCGAAUCCCUUAUUCAAAACUUGGACAAAGGCGUUGCGUCAAGCGGUUCCGUCUUCUCCUUCCUCGAGUCGACAAUCGAGUCUGUGGAUGACAUGGGAGGCACUCUCGGAGCCAUCUUGGGCAUCCUGCUCUCGGCGUUUUCUUCUGCUCUUUGGUCCAAAGUACAAACAGACCCUGAUUCAGCUGAAAGCCUCUCUCCUAUGCUGUAUGCGUCAUCACUCGCUUCUGCUGUCGAGUCCCUGAAGGCUCAUACGCCCGCGAGAGAAGGCGACCGUACCGUCAUGGACGUCCUACUCCCGUUCUCGAACAGUUUUGCUAAGUCAGGAGACUUCGGCGAGGCUGUCAAAGUCGCUGCGGAGAAGGCUGAGGCCACUCGUUAUUUGCGGGCAAGGUUCGGACGAGCGACAUACGUUGGCGAGGCGGCCGGCCAAGAGCUGCCGGAUCCUGGAGCAUGGGCUUUAUAUGAGAUGGUGUCUGGAAUGGCCAAAGGGCUAGGAAUUGUAGCUUAG